AUUCAACAUGCAAUUAAUUAUUAGUACUAGACGAUUUUUAGUAAAAUUACUAAUAACUAUUGUAAUUCUACUAGAUACAUUUUGUUAUAGUGAUGAUGAAAUAGGUUCAGAUUAUCAAACGAUUUCAAUUGAAGAUGAAAAUAAUAAUGAUAAAAUAGUUUACGAAAAACAUGUUCAACAAUAUGGCAAUCAAGGAUGUGACCCUGAUCGAAAACAAUAUCAUUGUCCCAAUAGUAUAUGGUGUUGUCGAUAUAAUUCAUACGGUAGCCAACAUUAUGCUGAUAAUUGUCCCGAUGGACUACACACAUGUAUUGAACAAUGUUGCGAUAAACAAAUGCAUUACUAUUGUCGUAAAAGUAGAUUAAAUGAUGAUAAUAAUGGAUACUAUUGUAAAUAUGAAGGACCAGAUACUACAGCAGAUCCAACACUUACCGUAAUCAAUUCAGAUAAUGAAGAGUAAAAUAAUGGUAAAGAAUAAGAUAAAAGACUAAAAAAGUUAUAUAAAAAAUUUUGAAAAUAAAUAAACAUUUGACAUAUAAUUGUAGUUAUUUUUAACACUGCAAUCUAAAAUAAAGAAAUACCAAUAAAUAUAUGGAAUAUUAUAUAU